AUGAAGUCAGACACAACAAUCAGCAAUAAACACAACUUCAAGGCUGCCUCAGCAUCAGAUAUUGGCUCACUUUUGUUGCCGACUCCUGUAGAGUGUGACCGUAGGAUCGUCAGCAGCGAGAAUCUCCCGAAAGAGGGGGAGGUGGAGGCGCCGGAGCUAAUGAACCCCGAGAAGCACGGACGCCAGUGUACGUACACCUUCGUGGCGGCGCCGGGCGAGAGGGUGCAGCUGCAGUUCCGGAAGUUCUACCUGCGCGGGACGCCCCCGGAGUGCAACCACGAGUACCUGGACGUGUACACGGAGAUCAAGAACCCCAACCGCGUGGACCUGGUCAAUUCUCCGUUCGGGGGUCGGUACUGCGGCCACAUCCCGCCGCGCCUCCGCAUUUCCCUGUACAGCAGCAUCAUCAUCAGCUUCUACACGGACUUUACCAACACUUCCUCGGACCUUUUCCUCGCCAGUUACAAGUUCUUCAAUGGAUCCAAGUACGUCGUGGGCGACCCUUCUCCGGACACCCUGUGUGGGUUCGUCAUCCACUCGGGGCUUCAGAAGCAGGGCCAGUUCAUGACGCCGACCUACCCCGGAGUUUACCCGAAGAACAUCACUUGCUUCUACAAGUUUAUCGGGAAAAAGGGCCAAAGAGUGCGACUUGAAUUUCGGGACUUCGACCUUUUCUACGGAGGUUCACACUGUCCGUUCGACCAGAUAAAGAUGUUUGACGGACCCGAUCACAUAUCCCCUCUCAUCGGAACCUACUGCGGGCAGCAGAGGAACCUGGUGAUAUUCAGCAGCGGCAGCACUCUGCUCCUCACCUUCAGUACCCUGCAGCGAAUUGCGGACACCCAGAACCGAGGCUUUAUGGGCAUUUUUAAUUUCUCGGAAAGCUACGUUAAACUAGAUUUCAUCAAGACCAUAGAGGCCGAGCACAUCCGGGGGACGGAGUGCGACCAGCGGAUCCUCAGCAAGAAGGAAUCCAACGGCACCGUGUACAGCCCCAAUUACCCGUUCCCGUACCACCCGAACAUCGUCUGCCGCUACUUCAUCUACGGGCUGCAGGACGCUCAGAAUUUGGAGAGAGUUCGGCUGCAAUUCUACGACGUUUUUGAAAUACCUGCGAAACCCAAAAUAGAUAAAAACUGUUCAGACGGAUACUUACGGAUCUACCUGAAGGGGCAGGAGCAGGAGAAUGCGUACGACAAGCCAGACUACGAGCUGUGCGGGAAGACGCUGCCCCAGACCAUAGUCUCGUACGGCCCUCGCCUCGUCAUGGUCUUCAGCUCCGGCAACAUGCACGGCGGGAGGUUCAAGGCCAGCUACAAGUUUGAGACAGAAUAUAAAAUCCCAGGCACGCCAUCCCCGCCUGGAAAGUGUGCCUUCACCUACAACAGCUCCAGCAAGAAGUCCGGCUCCUUCAACUCCCCGAGGCACCCCUCCAACUACCCGUCCAACACCACCUGCGAGUACACAUUCAGGCCCAACCCCGACGAGCAGGUUCAGGUGGCCUUCGAGCAGUUUGCGGUGCGCAGCGACAAUUCCAAUGUGACAUACAGAAAUCAUUGCCAAGAAGACUGGGUGGAAAUCUAUAAUGUAUAUAAGCCUCAUGGCUCAGACUCUGAGAGAGAACGAUUGAAUGGACGUUACUGCAAGACACUGGCUCCCGGGCCAAUUGAGAGCGAACCAGAAGCUAUAGGUCUGCGAGUUGUGCUCAGAACAAACGACGUCAAUGUCUCCAGCGGCUUUAAAGCAACGUACGAAUUCAAGAAGAAGGAGGUGGUUGAGGAUUGUGGUGGAAAUAUCACAAAUCAGGAAUAUGGCAUCAUUCAUUCCCCACACUGGCCAGACAAGUAUGCUGGCCCAGACCGUGAGGCUGGUGCAUUUUCAUGCAACUGGUUCAUCCACGUUCGGCCGUACCAUAAAGUUCUCCUGUGGCUGCAGUCAUUUUCUGUAGAAGGACAUCCAACAGAAAGAGGAUGUCCAGCAGCUAUAGUUCGAGUCUGGCCUGACUUAGAUAAUAUACCAAUUGAGCUUUGUGGUGAAAACUUAAGCGAUGAUGAAACUCUAAUAAUCUCCAAAUCCUCAGUAAUGAGGAUUUCAUUUUUGACUGCAAAUAGAGCAGUGGGAUCUAAGGGCUUUGAAGGGAUUUGGACAGAAAUUCAGGAUAGCCCGAAAUGUGAACAGUUCCUGUGUUCCACAAACAACUUCUGCAUAUCCAAGAAUCUUCGAUGUAAUAAUGUACCAAACUGCGGAGCAGGAGAUUCUUCUGACGAGGACAAUUGUGUCAAAGCCACAGAAGUGAACGUGUUGAUGCUGGUCGGCGUUGGUCUGGGCAUUUCUUCAGUCCUCCUGAUUGUGGUCUGCAUCUGGUGUCACCGGAAGCGAGUCAGGCGGCGGGAGGAUGGUGCCCUGCCCCACCACGUGCACGUCUGCGAACGGGGAGCACGAUUUGCCUCAGUGGACAGUGUAGGCCACAGCGGUACACACGUACAUCAUGUUCACCCUAUUGCCUUUAGUUGCCCCCAUAGUCUGCUUGACAAUGAUAUAUGAUGAGAUUUUUACAACGGGUCUGAAAGGAUUCUGACAAUAAUAGGCUCAUGUUCCUCUUUUGUUCUUUUAUUGGUGACAAUUUUAGACAAGAAUGAUGCGAAUGUUUGCAAGUAGAGAAAAGGAAAUGAGUUGUAUGAGUUCAGUUUAGGUAGGGCCCUUGGUUUUAAUGAAUGACUCAGUAGUAUACAGUACUCCCUUAAUUAAGUAUAUAUAUUGUGAAAUUGGAGAGUAGUACAUGUGGUUUCCAUAAAUACACAUUUUCAAGACUUCUUAAACGUCAUAGGCAAACACGCAUGUUUAUAUAUACAUACACAAGCAUGUGCACGUACAUAUAAAUAUGCAGAGCCAUAUCCAAGGGGGAAUUUGGAUGUGUGUAACCCCCUCAUUUGACCAUCUUUCUCUCUAAUAUUGAGAAGUUGAAGAUUGUGAAAAGGUUGACCCUAUAAUUAUGUUUGGUUAAAGUGCUUUAUUCUGUGUGAAAAAAGACUGAUCAUGGUAUAAGUUUUACGAUAUUAGACUAAUUGUAUAUUUUUUUUUGUAACCCCUACAUUUGGAUUCUGGAUACAGCCUUGAUCACCUGAAGAUAUACGUAACCAGUCACUCAAAAUUUUACAAUAUUAAUCAGCUUUCUUGUAAUGGGAUAAAGUUAUGGCUACUGAUAUUGUAUAACAAAACUUUGUACUUCAAGUUUGGUGAGUCCUUUGAAAUUAUGUAAGAAAGAGACAAAAGUAAAUGAUAUUUGUUACCUACCUGAUGGCACUAUUAGUAUUAACAGUGCACAUAGGAUGUUUGGAACAAGUACCAGCUCAAAUACAGUUUUCUUCCAUAUAAAUUAGCUUAUUUGGUCAUUUCCUACUUUAUACAUACAGAAACACUGUUUAAGUUGUA